UGGCUGAGGCAGGGCAUGGAGCGGAGCAACGCAGCUACAAAGUGCGGAGAGGAGCCCCGCUCUGGAUCCCGCCGGCUCCCCAAGGCUGAAGGAGACAAGUCUGGAUCCGCAGGAGCCCCCAGUAAGAACAGCAGCCGCCUGGGGGGCCGACCAUGUAUGUGUACAGCUGGCCGCCGCCCAAACAGGGUGUCUGGCCGCCGCCGCCGCAGCUGCUCACCUGCACCUACCUGGCCGCCCCUCUGCUGCUGCCCCCAGUCCAGGCCCACAGCUUCCGCAGCCGGCCCGGGAGCCUGCACGCGGGCGAGUGGGCGGCCCCACGGGAAUACCACCGCUUCUACGGCCCCGCCGCGCCACCCGAGGCCGCGCCGCCCUGGUGGGCCUGCCCUCCGGCCUACGCCACGACCCUGCGCCGGCCCUGCGCCGCCGCCGGCAUCUCGGGACUGUCGCUGCAGGCGCCCGCGGCGGCGGCCGAGAGCUGGGCGCCGUGGCCCGAGGGCGGGAGCCUGCAAACCGAGCUGCGCUGGGGCCUCGUGGAGCGCGCGCGUGGCCCCCCUCUGCAGCUACCGGACUUCGUGCGCCGGGAGCUGCGCCGCGCGUACGGCACCUACCCCCGCGCCGACGUGCGCGUCACCCAGCGCCGCGGCCAGUUCCUGCUGCAGGCGACGCCGCGCGUGCUCGAGCCCGACCACCGCGUGGAGUGGCGCGUGCGGCGCCGGCCCGACAGCGGCGACAGCAGCCCAGCCCGGGAAGCCGCGGAGCGCGGCCGCACCAGGAAGAGCAAGGGCCUGAGCUGAAGCCGCCGCAAGGCCUAGGGGCCGGCCCGCGUGCACGCGCUUGGCUCUUUCCUGUGUGUGCCGCCGCCGACAGGCAGAAGUGAGCCCUCACCUGUGCGCGGGAGGCGGACGCGCUGCUCACCU